UCUGUGGUUAUCUGAGUUACUGGAAAGCAGAGGGGAUAAGAUUACCAGGGAAAAUAUUUCUGCUGAUUCCACAUCAUCUGAUUCGAUUGGUUAAAAGGGAAAUGCACCCCCAAAUCUACAACAGACCAAAGGAAAUGUCAUUAAUAAACACCAGCCUGUGGGCAUAUUUGGCGAUGGAAACCCCCAACUUUACGCACGGAUCCAUAUCCAUGAACGAAACUGUGAUUCAGAAGUCCCAGCUGCAUACGGUCGACACAACAAUCGCUUUGCCGAUUUUUAUGUUUGCUGGAGGCGCCAUUGGGAAUUUAAUUGCAAUAAUCGUCCUUUCAGUGUCAAGACAAGAGAGAAAGUCUUCAGCUUUCUACACGCUGGUUUGCGGUCUGGCGGUGACGGACUUUUUGGGCACCUGCCUGGCCAGUCCAUUCACUAUAGCCAACUACCUGGGCCAGAACGUGCUGAAGUACCAACAUGUCUGCGAGUUUGACUCCUUUCUGUUGCUAUUUUUCAGUUUAACAGGACUGAGCAUCAUAUUCGCCAUGGCAGCGGAGCGGUACCUGGCUAUAUGCUGGCCGUACACCUACGAGCGGUGGGGUGUGGACCGACGCUUUGCGCAAAAGUUCCUUUUGUUCAUUUACACCAGUCACAUUUUCUUCUGCUGCCUCCCGAUGAUGGGCAUGGCGAGCAGCAAGCCGCAACAGUCCGGCACCUGGUGCUUCAUCGACUGGAGAACAGAGGAGUCCGUGUCCUCCGCUUACUCUGUCCUGUACGGCGUCAUCAGCCUGCUGCUCAUCCUGGGCACCAUCAUGCUGAACGUGUCGGUGUGCGGAACGCUGAUGAUGAUGCGCCAGAGGACCGUGAAGCGGCCCAACACCAGAGGCAGCGUCCGGGAUAGGUGGAGGGCUCUGUCGUCGGCUGCAGAGACGCAGAUGAUCUCGGUGCUGGUGACGACCUCCGCUGUGGUUCUGGCUUGUUCAGCCCCGUUAGUGGUCCGAGUGUUUGCCAACUUGAUGCUGAAAAAAGACUCAGAAGCAGACCUGGCUGCCAUCCGGAUAGCCUCAGUUAACCCCAUCCUCGACCCCUGGAUCUACAUCCUCCUCAGGAGGUCUCUGUUUCGCCGACUGCUCAGUUUAUCCAGGAAAAGCAGCAGCAUUCGCAGUAGUUCACCCUUGGAAUCUGUUCUAUCCUGA